AUGUCAGCUAUAAUCUACCCAAGUAACCUUAGUGUCGUACCAGCACCGCCCAGAGACCCAACUACCGUCAAAACAACGGUUCUGCCAAAGGCAGGAUGCUCGACCGGCCGGGACUUGGAUGGUGCUGGGGGAAAUUGCUAUACGUGCCAAAAACGUGGCGGCUCGCUUGGCUCCAUUCACUCGGAAGCUAUGAACAAGAAAGUCCAAGAAUGGAGCGUGGAGGAGCUGAAGGGCAGCAUGACAAAAGACAAAAAGUACUCCACCCUGCUUGGAGCAUCCAGCAUCCUAUCGGUAGACUACAAUUACCGCUGGCUAGAUGGUACGGCACUGAAUUAUACAAAUUGGGAGUACGAAUUGUUGGACAACCUCGAACGAAGCGAGCUUUGCCUGGAGCUAACGGCGUCGGGCACAUGGAAUGACCUUCCUUGCGGGGAAAACGCUCGGAUUGUCUGUGAGAAAUCGGGGCCAUGUGCUACCGGUUGGAAAGCCGGAUCUACAAAAAAUCUCUGCUAUCUGGCAGUAAAUAAGGACGUGCCCUUCGCGGAGGCCGAUAAGUACUGCAAGGCAAAGUCUGCCACCCUACCCAUAGUCCGUAACAAGGAUCAGAACAAGGACGUGAUAGCGGUGUGGAACGGUACCGAGGAGUCCAUUUGGCUGAAUGCGAAAAGGGAGAAGGGCAUGGAGAAAGAGUUCAGCUGGGAUGACCGAACCCCGGUGGAUUAUACCAACUGGGUCGACCUCGAGCCGAACGAUUACGAGGGAGCUAACCCGAAACCUAAGCAGGAGAAUUGCAUCGAGAUGUACCUACAAGAAUUCAAGGAGAAGGAAGGAAAAGGUUACGUCGGCCAAUGGAAUCAGCUUGGAUGCGCGGGGCGCACGUUUGAUUUGGCGCUGUGCAAGGUUCCGGACGGCGCUACCGCGCCCCCGGUCGGUCCGUCAAAAGGCGGUCCUGUCACAACUGCCGAACCCACUUUGGAAGUCAAUGUUGUGCUGAGACUUUGGUCCGGUAUAAAGCCAAAGCUUUUGCAUUUGAUUCAAGAGAUGACCGAUCCCACUCGGCUUCUUCUUUCCAUUCUUGCUAUAGGCGUCUCUCUCGUGGCGGGUGCUUGCCCGACGGGACGCUCACUAGAUGAUGGCGGAGUCGAUUGUUAUCAGUAUUUGGAUAAUAUGAACCGCACCGAGUUCUGCCUUGAGAUGUAUACAGCGACCCACAACGGCAGCCACUGGGCCGGAAAAUGGCAGGAUCUAAAGUGUAAGGAGUAUGCCCAUGUGGUUUGCGAAAAACCCAAGCCUUGCAGCGAGGAGCCCGGGCGAUCCUGGAGAGCGGGCGCCGGUACGGAAAAAUGCUACUUGGCCAAAUGGCCCGCUGAGGCGGAAACGCAGUACCAAACGGAUCUGACCUAUGCGGAAGCUGAUGAAUAUUGUAAGGACGCAAACGGGCUCGUGGCAACCAUUCAUUCCGAGGCUGAGACGAACGCCGUGCUUGCCUCGGUGAAUAAGCGCGUGGAAGAAAUAUGGCUCGCCGCAACGAGGGGUACCUGCAAGACGGGACGUGCAUUGGAUGAUGGUGGAGAUUGUUAUACGCCAUGUAGCGGAGACUGGAAAGCUGGCGAGGGCACUAAUAAGUGCUACACGUCGACGUUUCCUGCUGAACCGGCGGUGGCGCAGGAGCCGAAACCGAUGGCCUAUGCGGAAGCCGACAAAAUUUGCAAGGACAAAUCUGGCCGCUUACCAAUCCUUCAUUCGGAGGCGGAAAGCAACGCCGUGCUCGUCUUU